AUGGACACGACCUACCCAGCACUGGUACCAGAACGGCACUGGGCUUUCUUCUGGCUGGUGUCGCUGCUGCUUUCCUCCCUCAUCUGGUUUGUCGCGGUUAAAGCCAGCGACCCCCGGGAUGAGAAGCUGCAGAAGGGGCUGUUGAUAUUUGGGGUGAUGUUCUCUGUGCUGCUGCAGGAGGCCUUCCGCUUCCUCUACUACAAGCUCCUCAGGAAGGCCAUCGAGGGGCUGGUGGCUCUCAGCGAGGACGGCUGCUCCCCCAUUUCCAUCCAGCAAAUGGCGUACGUGGCUGGGGGGGGGGUUGGGGUCAUGAGUGGCGCUUUCUCCAUGAUCAAUCUUCUGGCAGACGCGUUAGGGCCUGGCACUGUGGGCAUCCAUGGGGACUCGCAGCUCUACUUCCUGACCUCAGCUUUUAUGACCAUGGUGCUGAUUUUCCUUCACACCUUCUGGGGGAUCCUCUUCUUCCACGGCUGUGAGCACCGGCGCUGGUGGGAGAUCACAGCAGUCGUUGUCAUGCACCUUGCCGUUUCGGGGUCGACAUUUUUCAACCCCCUGUACGUGGGCAGCCUGGUGCCCUCCUACCUGCUGAUGGCCAUUGCCGCCGCCUGGGCUUACCUACUCUCUGGGGGAUCUGUGCAGAACCUGCGACGCUUCCUGCUCUGUCUACGGAGUGGAGCCAGCCCCCAGCUGGGAUCCUGAGGCCCUGCGGGAUGUUUCUGUCGCCGGCCACCCCUGCCCUCCCCUCCAUCCUGGCAGCAAGAGCAGCUGUCACCUUCUCUGCAAUAUCUUUUCUCCUGGACUGGUGGACACUGGCCAGUCUCAGUGGGGCAGGCACUGGGGUCUGGCUGCAGCAGCCAGCUGACCAGUGUGGC